AAAGGAUAAUAUUUAGACUAUUCUCUUUUUCUUUUCUGUAUAAGCUUGAUAAGAAUGCAAAUCAAAUUCCUCUCACUUACUUUAUUUGCCGUUGGUAUUGUUUCCGCUCUUACUUCCAAACAGAAUGAAGCAGCCAUUAUGAAGACUAGCGCAUAUGGAAAUGAAGCUCGCCGUUCUACUAUCACUAAUUCAUUACUUGUAUCAAAGCGUGAUGAAGGACAAGAAGAUAAGAAAGCUGUUGAUACAGUUCGUCGUCGUCGUCGUUAUCCUGCACUGCGCCAUGUUCCUCAUUCUUCUGAAAAACUUGAACGUCGUAAUGGUAAUGAAUCUGGGUUAAUGUCUGACGGUCUUCCUAUUAUUGGCAAACUUUUUGCACAUUCUAAUACUCCUUCGAAGAAUAACAUUAAAGAUACUCAGAAAAAGUUAUCAAAUCCUUAAUUCAC